AUGUGUUGGUCUGCGGAGGUGGCUGGGACUUUCUUUGCGUUGCAGUUGGGUGCCUUCGCCUACCUCAUCUACCGCCGCCAGCAUUAUGAUCGAUGGUAUGCAGUCUGCGUGGCCCCGGUCAUGAUGCAGGAGUUCUGCCAGAUGAUGUUGUGGCUCAAUGAAGGGGAGGCCAAGUAUACCUGCAACGACGCGAACAAGGCCUGGAGUAUCGCUGCUGCGGCCUUCUGGCGCUUUGUGACCUCCGCCUUCUACCUCGCCACCUUCUUCAACGUGGUACCCGAAAGGUGGCGCAAGAUCGCCGUGGGAUCCAUCUUGUGCCUCGCCGUCUUGGGCUACGUGGCCGACAUGUUAAACCGCAUCGUCGGCAUCCAGCACUACUGCAGCUAUGCAGGGAAGUGCCACCACCUCCUGUGGGGCCCUGACACGGACACCGAGCUUUUCGAGCCCUGGGUGCAGGUGGUCUACUAUCUCACCUACCUGGGGCCCUUUCCCCUUCUGGUGCUCUUGGGGAAGUUCGACGAUCUCAGGCCCCUCCCCUGCUGUAAGGAGGCCACGCAGGGACACUGGGCAGGCUUGGGCAUCACGGUCAUUGGCUUGGGGACCUGGGCCCCAACGUAUCUCUACUUCAACGUCAUCGCUCGGGAGACCUGCGAUCCCGCGGAGUGGAGCUCGGUCUGGUGA